AUGGUGGAACCUAAAUGUGUGCACUGGAUAGUUGUAAAGCUUGUUUUGAGGUAUCUCCAAGGCACAAUUAAUUAUGGGCUAAAGUAUGUUCAGCAAGAUGAAGUGAAGAUCAAGGGGUUUAUUCAUGCAAAUUGGGCAGGCAAUAUAGCUGACAGGAAGAGCACUUCAGGGUACAAUUUCAAUUUGGGAUCAGGAGCAGUCUCUUGGUACAGAAGGAAACAGAAGUUAGUUGCACUGAAUUCUGCAGAGGCCGAGUAUAUGGCAGCUAGUAUGGAUACAUGUGAGGCUAUUUGGCUUCAGAAACUUCUAGCUUGGCUCUUUGAUCAGGAACUAGAUCCUGCCAUCAUUUAUUAUGAUAAUCAGAGUUGUAUUAAACUCUCUGAGAAUCCAUUGUUUCAUGACAAGUCAAAGCACAUUGAGAUCAAGUACCACUUCAUCAGAGAUUGUGUGGAGAAGGGGAUAGUGAAACUCCAGUACAUUCCUACAGACAAACAAAUAGCAGACAUCCUUACGAAGGCUUUGAUAAAGAAUAAGUGA